AUGGAGACAGACAUUGAACAGAUGCUUGCGCAAGCUGGGGGGCGUCAAGGCCAGGAAUCUACCGUACCAGACAACGGAGAGGUCAUCCACAUCUCUUCACUCGCUCUCCUUAAGAUGCUCAAGCACGGGCGCGCCGGAGUCCCAAUGGAGGUCAUGGGCCUUAUGCUGGGAGAAUUCGUGGACGAGUUCACGGUGCAGGUCAUCGACGUCUUCGCGAUGCCGCAGUCAGGAACAUCAGUCUCCGUCGAAUCCGUCGACCACGUCUUCCAACAGAAGAUGGUGGACAUGCUGAAGCAGACAGGCAGGUCAGAGAUGGUGGUCGGCUGGUACCAUUCACAUCCAGGCUUCGGCUGCUGGCUGUCAAGCGUCGACAUAAACACGCAGCAGUCUUUUGAGUCGCUAGACCCACGCUCCGUAGCGGUCGUCAUCGACCCUAUUCAAUCGGUCAAGGGAAAGGUCGUCAUUGACGCGUUCCGCCUGAUCAAUCCCGCUGCUGUGCUGCAGGGCCAAGAGCCAAGACAGACCACAUCCAACAUCGGGCACAUUAACAAGCCUUCGAUUCAGGCACUCAUCCACGGUCUCAAUCGGCACUACUACUCGAUCGCCGUGAAGUACCGCAAGACAGAGCUCGAGCAGUCAAUGCUCAUGAACCUCCAUAAGCGAAAUUGGACCGAAGGGCUCACACUGCGCGACUUCAAGACGCACAAAGAAAGCAACGAGAAGGCCAUCAAGUCCAUGCUCACGCUCUCAGAAGCAUACAACAAGUCGGUGCAAGAAGAAUCGACUCUCACACCCGAUCAACUGAAGACACGGCACGUAGGGAAACAGGAUCCAAAACGGCACUUGGAGGCAGAAGUGGAACGGGCGAUGGGGGAUCAGGUGGUCCAGAAUCUAGGGACCAUGCUUCUUGCGGAAUUGUAG